AGUGAUACCGGCCUACAUAUAAGUAGUGCAUUUUCCCACUCUUAACAACGAAUCGAAUUCGACUGAUAGUGAAUUUGUUCAAAGAAUAUAUAUAUAUAUAAAAAGCAAAAGAACACUAAAUCCUAAUCUCGUGCUCAACUGAGGGCCUCCGCUUGUUUCUCAACUCAAUGGCCGAGCAAUCACCGGCUGACACUUCCGUGACAAAUGAGAUGCAGUCACUCUCCCUCGACUCCGAUGUCCAACCCUCUUCUUCUGCUUCCACCCCACAGAUGAGUGUGGAGGAAAAGUUCCGGAUAGUAAGAAGUGUUGGGGAGGAAUGCAUACAGGAGGAUGAGCUGCUGAAUCUUCUCACCAACAAGCCUGAACCCAUUUGCUAUGACGGGUUCGAGCCGUCAGGGAGAAUGCAUAUUGCUCAGGGCAUCAUGAAGACGAUAAAUGUGAACAAGUUGACAUCUGCUGGGUGCAGGGUGAAAAUCUGGAUUGCAGACUGGUUUGCACAACUGAACAACAAAAUGGGGGGUGACCUGAAGAAAAUCAAAACAGUUGGAGCUUAUUUGAUUGAGAUAUGGAAGGCUGUUGGGAUGAAUCUUGAUAGAGUAGAAUUUCUGUGGUCUUCAGAAGAAAUUAACUCCAGGGCAGAUGAGUACUGGCCUCAAGUUAUGGACAUAGCUCGCAGAAACAAGCUUCCUAGGAUAAUGAGGUGUUGUCAAAUUAUGGGCCGCAGUGAGCAAGAUGAGUUGACUGCGGCACAGAUUCUCUACCCAUGCAUGCAAUGUGCGGAUAUAUUUUUCCUUAAGGCUGACAUUUGUCAGUUGGGUAUGGAUCAACGGAAAGUCAAUGUGCUUGCACGAGAGUACUGUGAUGAUAUCAAGAGGAAAAACAAACCUAUCAUACUGUCCCACCAUAUGUUACCUGGUUUACAGCAAGGCCAGGAAAAGAUGUCAAAGAGUGAUCCUUCAUCAUCUAUCUUCAUGGAGGACGAGGAGGCAGAAGUAAAUUUCAAAAUUCAAAAGGCAUACUGUCCUCCCAAAAUAGUUGAAGGAAAUCCAUGUCUGGAGUACAUAAGAUACGUUAUCCUUCCCUGGUUUAAUGAGUUCAAGGUGGAGCGUGCUGCAGACCAUGGUGGUGACAAGAUCUACCAAAGCUUUGAAGAACUUGUUGCUGACUAUGAAAGUGAGGAAUUGCAUCCUGGUGACUUGAAACCUGCUCUUUCAAAAGCAUUAAAUAAGAUACUGCAGCCUGUGCGUGAUCAUUUCAACAACAAUGCUAAUGCUAAGGAUCUGCUAAAACGGGUUAAGGGCUACAGAACCACUAGGUGAUUUUUGGAAAUGAUGAGAGAAUUUUGCUUCUGCUUGUCCUUUGUUGUGUCACAAAGUUACAGAAGGAUAAACCUACAGUUGUUAUAUGUCACUUAUUAUUAAACGAACAAACGCUUGCAUCAACUUUUCUUGAAUUACAUGCAAUUUCCAGUAAGAAAAUAAAACUGUACUUGAUAAACAGAUCGAAUGCAAUGAUAG